AUGGAUUCUAAUCAAUUUCAUUAUCAACAAGCUAUGUUCAAUUUCAUGCAAAAUUAUCAAAAUCAUAAUCCUCAAAAUUCUCAAAUUCCAUCGAUGCCAACAAACCACGCCAUAUUUUUUCCAUCACCAAACAAUCCAAAUAUGGAUGAGGAUAUACUUCUUAUCCAAUCAUGGCUCAAUGUUUCAAAGGAUCCAAUUGUGGGAGUUGAUCAAAAGGCUGAGAGUUUUUGGUUAAGAAUAGCUGCCAAUUAUAACCAGUAUCGUGGGCAAUGGCGGGAAAAGUUAGGGGGGCAAUUAAAAUGCCGAUGGCAUAAAAUAAAUGGUUUGGUUCAAAAAUUUGUUGGGUGUUACAAACAAGCUGUUAAUGGAAAGAAAAGUGGGACAUCAGAUAACGAUAUCAUGGCCUCUGCACAUGCUUUUUUUGCUCAGGAUGAAGGUACAACAUUCAAUCUUGAGUACGCAUGGCGAUUGUUAAAAGAUGAACCUAAAUGGAUGGGAGAAUCGAUUGGAAAUUCUUCAAAAGUAACAAAGACUUCUGCUAGUGGGGCAUCAUCGGCUAACUCAGAUACACCUUCAAGUUACGAGUUUAACUCAUCAUCACCAAUGGAGCAUCCAAUGGGACAAAAAGCAGCAAAAAGGAAGGGUAAGGCAAAGGAAAUUCCAAAUGCAACACAAGAUGCAAGGAAUAAAAGAGCAGCAACAAUGGAAAGACUAGCUCAAAGUAAGGAGGACGAGCUAGAAUUAAAGGCAAUGCAAAUCAUCAUGAAAGACACUUCUACUAUGAGUGAUAGUCAACGAGAUAUUCAUGAAAAAUAUUGUAAUAAGAUGAAAAAAAAAUAUGGAUUGUAG